UAUGUUUACACAACAUAACAUGAUGACGUCCUUCCUUAAUGAUACAUGGGAAGGGAGAUUCAAACCUACUCCGGAAAUUGCCGAUUUGAUCCCGAAAAAUGACGAAGAGGCGCGCGAGAUGUACUUAAAGUAAGUUCAGUUGUGUUUGUAGCUUGUAAUGAGUUUGUCUGACGAUGAUUGCUCUGCCUGGAAUGCCGACAUUGUGUCUUCUCACAAUGCCUAUACUAAGAUGUGCUGGAUACUGCUUUGCCAGAUAGCAGACGGUACAGGAUACUAGUCUACUUUUCUAUCUAUACUGAUGGCGGUACUUGGUCAAAACGACACUAACCACAUCUCUAGCCUACACCACUCCUUUUUUUAUAGAACGUCAGACAUUAGCAAUGAAGUGAUGAAACUCAUAAAUGAUGAGUCAAAAAACGGUCAAGUGUUAGCUAUCACAAAGAAUCCGGAUGAUUGCACUCUGGUGAAGGUUGAAAACGUUGAGUUGAAAUAAUUGACGUUAUGUACACUAUAAAGUUGCAAAUUUAAUAUUUAACGAAAAGCAAUUUGCCAAUAAAAUCCCAUCUUCUUACAGG